AUGGGGGUCUCAGGGAAAUGGUUUAAAGCAUUGGUUGGUUUAAAGAAGUCUGAAAAGUCACAGUCUUUGGACAAGGAGGAAAAUAGGACAACUGCUAGCAAGUUCCGACAUAGGAGAAAGCAUUCGGUUGAGUUUGAUGCUGAUAAAUUUCAAGAGUUUAAUUCUCAUAAUGAUGUUGCACCUGUUGGUGAUGCCAAUAUUCGUUCUGUCCCAGAUGCUUCUGAAUCUCCAUCUGCUUCACUUCAAGUUCAGGAUAUAGCUCAUGAUCAGCAAAUUCUGAGAGAAGAUUGGGCUGCCACUCGCAUUCAGACAGCUUUCCGAGGGUUUCUGGCAAGAAGAGCUCUGCGAGCUUUGAAAGGAUUAGUGAGACUGCAAGCCCUUGUUCGGGGCCAUUCUGUGAGAAAACAAGCUGCAAUAACUCUUCGCUGCAUGCAAGCUUUGGUGAGAGUUCAGGCUCGUGUCCGUGCAAGGCGUGUUCGCAUAGCAUUGGAAAGUCAAACAGCUCAACAGAAACUUCAGCAACAACUAGCUAAUGAGGCUCGAGUUCGAGAGAUAGAGGAAGGAUGGUGUGAUAGUGUGGGAUCUGUUGAACAAAUUCAAGCCAAGUUGCUGAAGCGGCAGGAGGCUGCAGCUAAGCGUGAGAGAGCCAUGGCUUAUGCUCUGGCCCAUCAGUGGCAGGCUGGGUCAAGACUGCAGGCUGCUCCCUCUGGGUUUGAACCAGAUAAAAGCAGUUGGGGCUGGAACUGGUUGGAGAGAUGGAUGGCUGUUCGACCAUGGGAGAACCGCUUUCUUGACAUAAAUCUCAGAGAUGGAGUGAUGAUUCGUGAAGAUGAAACAGCUACUGAGGUCAAGAAUGGCAGCAAGUCCCUGUUAAAAACUAGUGCCAAGAAAGCAGUUGCCUCAAAUCUUCAAUCAACCAUUUCAAGUCAGAAAACAGGUCCAUCUCAUUCUGACUGUGGCAGCUCCUCACCUAGUAAGUCAGCAAGCAUGUUAGAGGCACCCAACACUCUCUUUUCUAAACCAAAGCCAAAGCCAGUUUUUGAAGACCUGGUUGAAGUAGCCAAAUCAAGACCUGCUAUUGCUACAAGAUCUCACAGCAACCCAAAGGAGAGAACCACCCAACUAGAUAAACAGGCAAAGAAGAGAUUGUCUAUGCCUAACAGUGGUGGAGGUACUGCUGCUCAGGCAGCUAGGCAUAGCAGAAAUGCUGUUAGAGAGACACCUAGCUCUCAGAAGCCCAUCAAGGAUAAAUCCAAGUUAAACGUGAAAGGAGAUUCCAACACCACAAAGUCUGUUGCACAGGCUGUUUGA